GAGUCUUAUUGCCUAUCACAAAGUUAAGACCAACAAUGGCUACUUCUUCAAAAUCAAACCACAUUCGAUCAAUCAGUUUACCUGCAAGAUCACACCCUACAACUAAAAGAGUUGAAGAUGCAGUCAAUAACCUCAAAACAUUGAAGAUAUCGACUGCAUCGACAGCUGAGACCAUGCACGUUGGUCUACUCGGUCUAGAGGAGUUAUAUAAAUGCAUGAAUGAUUUGCUUAACUUACCUCAAACACUUCAGGCGCUCUCUCAAUAUCAACAAGGAAAAUUGGUUGAAGAUUUAUUGGAUAAAUCAGUGAGGCUUCUUGAUUUGUGUGGCACUAUAAUGGAACUCGUCUUACAAUAUAAAGAAAAUGUAAGAAACCUUCAAUCGUCUCUCAGAAGGAGAAAAACAGAUUCAAUAACAGAAACCAGCAUGGCCAAAUUCACCACCUUCAACAAGAAGAUUAAGAAGGAAGCUAAGAGGUUAGUCUUGGUCUUAAAGCAAAUGGAUCAAGAAGCUGAUGGCGGAUUUGUACCAAAAGAUGCAGACCAAGACACAGUAGAUAUGAUUAAAACACUAAAGGAAGCUAAUGCAAUGCGCAUUUCUAUUUUUCAAAUGUUCUUGUCUUUCUUGUCUGUUCCACUUUUGAAGCCAAGGACAUCUAAAUGGUCAUUGGUUUCAAGUUUUGUAAACAAGGGAAGAAUUGCAUGUGUAGGUCAAGAAGAAAAAAUGAACUUGGAAACUAGGCUGGAAUCAUUUGAGGCUCACCUUGACAACUUUGAAAAUGGCUUGGAAGGGUUAUUUAGGCGCAUGAAUAGAUCAAGGAGCUCUCUCCUAAAUAUGAAAUCCUGCUAAUCUUGCAAAUUUUGUUUCAUAAACAAUUGUGUAGUUAUUGUUAGAAAAAUAUUACAAGUGAAAGAUUUAUCUCCAAUUUUCUUCUCUCUCUCUCU